GCUGUGGUAAUGGCAAAUACCUGCACAUCAACCAGCAGGUGUUCAAAGUGGGCGUGGACAGGUGCUUCAACCUAACAGGGGCGGCGAGAGACCGAGAUCACGAGGUGAUGGUGAGCGACAACCUGGCCCUCCCCUUCCGCGACGAGAGCUUCGACGCCGCCCUCAGCAUCGCGGUCAUCCACCACUUCGCCACAACCGAGCGCCGGGUUCGGGCCCUUCGCGAGCUGGCCCGGAUUCUCAAGAUCGGGGGCCGCCUCAUGAUCAGCGUCUGGGCCAUGGAACAGCGCCAUCGUAAGUUCGAGUCACAGGACGUGUUGGUUCCGUGGCACCGUCCCGAACAGUCUUCCAGUGAUGACAAGGCUUCGAGUGUGGAGAGGGACCUGAACUCUACCACCACAGACGAUGAUGACGUGUUGCACUACCACGCUCAUAACCACAGCGAUAGUGAUUCCUGCCCUUCCAACAGGUGUGGCAGCCGGCGCAACGGCCGCAGGCGCACCCGGUCCCGCGCUAUAGACCCUGCGGGCGCCGCCUCCUCGUCACAGAGCUCGUCGGACCUGAGUAGCCCAAACGAGUCGUGCUACAGCUUCGUCCGGCGGGCACUACAGGUAGCCUCCGACACUAGCAACCAGAAACUGACAAGCAGUCGGCGAGGGUCUGCAUCGUCAGGAAGGUCGUGGUUCAUGCACGGGGGAAGCUUCUCGGGCUUCAGAGGGUCAGAUGGCCGCUCCCUCAACAUGGAGAGCGGGGGCACGGCUGAGCCUCGGCCGUCCUUCAGCGACGACCACCACCAGCGCCCUUCUGUGAGCAACGACGGCUCCCUGGACUCUCAGGAGAACUUGGAUGACGUGCCUAUCGAGCUCCGGCAUCUGGAGCCCGAGGACCCCGCGCUGCUGGACAUCCCGCCGUCGCCCGCGCCCUUCCUGCCGCACGCGACCGCCGCCUCGGCAGACCCGGACACGAAAGCCAAGUCCAAGAGCCUGACUGACCUUGUCCAGGCUUCCCCUCGGUCUCCCGGAAAUCCAGUCUGUCCAUCGGGGGUGCUGUCGGUGCGGGAAAAGUCCAUUAGCAGGGAGGCAUUGGACAUGGGCCGGGCGGGGGUGAGUGACAUCCUCGGUAGUGUUUUACGCUCAAAGUCUAGCUCGUCGUGUUUAUCACUCUCUAGCCACGAGAUGUCUAACAGUGAGGGAGCGAGGGGGUGUUCCGGGGGGGCCAAGGGCGUGGAAGGGGAUGCCGCGAGUGCUAGAGUAACCAGUGAAAAACCCAAGGUGGAGGAAACUAAGGUGAGCGAGGAGGACAGCCCUCGAGUGAGUAGGAAAAGACCUACACUUAAGAAACAGAAGGCUUCGAUAAAUGAAAGUGACGCGAAUGACAUUGAUAUGCCAAUAGUUAUAGAGAUAAGCAAAGCUCCCAAGACAGCCGAGGUGGUCAAUGUACCGGUUGCGACAGAUGACAAGGACCAUUUAAGCAUUCCUAAAGGGUUAGGCAUAAUAAAACAAAGCUCCCUAAAUGAUGAGUAUAUAUGUAUUGAUAGAUUUUUAGAAAAGGAAAAAUUAAAACAAAGCAUUCAGAAGCAAAGCUCCCUCAACGAGGACCUCAUUUAUGGCAACAAGGAAGAAAGGCAGGAAACCAUGAGAGAGUCGUUGUUCGCCACACAGAUCAAGAGGCUGCAGAACAUCAGGGAGAGUCUCCAGCAGAGGCUAAGGACAGCGAGCCUCGACCGCUUUGAGCGAGAGAAGUCGGACUCGUCUCUGAAGGCAGGGAUUGUGAAGCUCCUUCAGUCCUGGAAGAGCGAGAUCCUCGUUACAGCUGGUACAAAACCAACAGCUGAUGAAGGAAGCGCUGGACGGGAGGGCGAGCCAUCGACAGGUCCUCUGCCGGAAGGCGAAGACGACCAGCAGGCAUCCAGCAGCAAGAAACACAACGAGAUCAAACCCAAAGCUCAAAGCAUAUUUCAGAUGGGGCGAUCGAGCGACAGCACCGACGGCGGGGGUGACAAAUCAGCGACACGCGGGAUGGAGAAGAAGUUCCUCGGCAGAGAACCUGGCGACAGGAAGUCAUCCCGCGAGGAAAGUUCUGACAGCUCAAAGGAGAACAGCUUCCAAAGCGAUACUAGCCUAGACUCUGAGGACAGCUGUGUCUCAGUCAUCUUUGUGCCUAAGCCAGGGCAGGCUGGCAUCGUCCCGGGGGCAGACAAGGAGCGGAACAGAUCAGUCUCUUCAGAGUCCUCCGAGGGCUCCGACAAGCAGCACUCUCCGAAGUCUCCCAAGUCGCCCAAGUCUCCAAAGUCACCCAAGUCGCCUAAAUCACCAGGUCCCGGAGGGCGCUACUUUGCCCCCUCGCGCUAUCUCGGCACGAAGGCCACGGGCAAAACAGGGCCCAAGAUGGGGACCCAAGUGCUGGGAGGGACAACCAGGCCGGAGCAGCAGACCAGACGGCUUAGCCCGCCCUCCUCGGAAGGAAAUCAGGACAUUGUUGUGAGCACAGCGAAUCCAAACACCUCCCCCACCACCACAACCACCGUCAGUGAGGCAAGUGCUGAUUCUGUGCCUGCAACAGGAAGUCAGGAGGCUCAAUCCAUCCGUACUGUAGCUGUGGUUCCUCCUCGGACCUCGUUUGGACGAGGAGGAGGAUCGGGAGUAGAAGGAGAGGGAGAAGAAGGUUUAAGAGGAGGAGGAGGAGCAGGAGCAGGAGGAGGAGGAAGAGGUGGAGGAGGAGGAGCACUAGCUCGUGUUCAAAGACACUCUGGGACGACACCUCCAGGCACCCCACCACCAACAGUGUCUUCAUCUAGCAGCUCAUAUUUCUCUCAUAUGCCAGUCCCUAAAGUUGCUGUGCCUACAGAAAUGCCAUCAGCACCACCAUCAGUGUCAUCAGCACACCCUUCACAAGACAAGGCUGGGCCACCUCCACCCACAGCACUGAAGAUGCCUCCUGUCGUGACUUCCACGAAAGCAACUACCUCCACUGUAGCCACUACCUCCACACACUCCAACCUACAGAGCUCUUCACCACAACAGGCACAGACACAACAGACACAGCAACAGCCACAACAGCAGCAACAGCCUCAGCAGCAGCAACAAACGCAGCAGCAGGCAAGUAAAUACAUUCCGAAGUACGAGCCUCAAGUAGUGAAGCGCGACACGAGCUUCACGCAGCAGCUGUCCUCGCUGCUGCUUGGCGAGAACGUCGAGAUCAUCCGGAAGACGGGGCGCACGGGCACCCGCAACGUGCAGAUCGUGCGUCGGACCGUCCCGCGGUUCCUCACCUUCGAAGUUUUCAACCCCGAGACGGACGACCUGGACAGCGACUCCUCGGCGAGCUCCUCCCCGAACUCAGGCAGCUCCGUGAUCGAGCGCGGGUGGCCCACCGAGCGCGACAUCGAGGAGCUGGACCGAGAGAUCAAGCGGCGCGAGGAGGAGGAGCGCCGUCGUGCCGUGCCUUCCUCGUCAGGAGGUGGAGCCACCCCCGGGGAGAGGGUCAUGCCGCCGCCGCCGCCCGCCGAGGUGCCCAAAGUGUCCUUAGUUGAAGAUGUUCACAGGAUGGAUACCAUAAGCGAGGACGCAGGUGAACAUUCAGGUACUGAAUCCAAUGGUGGUAGAGCAGACAAGAAGAGAACCAGUAGACCCGUAGUACCAGCACCUCUCGUAGCCAAACCACAAGUCAUUCCUAAACCACCCGCUAGAACCUCAUCCAAAUGUAGAUCGCCUGUUGAACAAUAUAGAAUACCCAUGGAACAGUAUACUACAGGUGGCGGAUCCAGAAGAGAGUACGACUUUGGGAGACAGAGGUCCUCCAGCAUGAGUGCGGCCGCGGCCUGCGACUCCGACUGGAGGUUCGAAGGUUACUCGACGAAAUCCGGGACAGCAUCCUCGGCCUUGAUGGCUGCCGCGGCGUCCUCCUCCUCGUCCUCCUCCUCCUCCAGCCCUUCAGCUUCGAGUUCGAUUUUGGAUUACGGGAGGGAAGUUCCCUUGAGGAAAAGUCCCACCUCGAGAAGGAAACUGACCAUCUGCCAUCUCGACCAGCCUCCUCUGCCUCUUCAGCCGACAUUGGAGCAAGUGCCUGAAGCCAGAAAGUCUACCAUGAGAAGCCCUGACCCUCUGCAGGAGAGACUGGGUUUACGCACGCGGGUUUCAGAGCGCCACCCGCCGCCCAAGGCGCUGUCGCCGCUGGGAUCCGAAGGGACGAGCAGAGGCGACAUGAAGCCCUGGGCAGAGGUAGCCAUAAAGCCAUUCACCGAAACGAUGGGUAUGCCUCCUUCGUCAUCCUGGAGAGGCAGGUAUUCCCCCGAGGGUAGCAUUUUCAAGAGCAUACCAGAAUAUGACAAAGGGGCAGCACAAAAGAAGGCUCAGGAGGCUAAGAAAAGUUCCUUGGAACUGCCCUUCACGUCGUCGCCGUAUCGGUCGUCCCUCUCCCCGAGCAGCAGUGUGUCGUCCACAUCCCCGUCGUUGCCAAGAGAACUUGGGAAGGAGGACCCGCUGACCAAGAGUCCUCUCCUCAGUUCGCCAACUCUCUCCACCAGCAGCGGCGAAUCCAGAUCAAGCUCCCAAAUGACAAUGGCUCUCUUUGGGAAGGAAUCCCGCGAGAACCCGUUCUCACUGGAGAUGUUCAAGAUGAACAGGAGCGAGAGCAGCCUCCCUCUCUUGAGUCCCGAUGAAUCUCAACCCAACCACGGCACUUUCAAAGAGCCAGUUAAGCCUACUGUGCUGAAGGAGCCCAAGAGGACACAGAGACUCAAGCACGAUGCUGACGAACCCAAAAAAGACACUAAACAUCGCAGCAGCCACGCCUCAUGUAAGACGUCUGCGAAAGAAGGCGACAAACUAAGCAGCAAGGAUGAAUCCUCGAGCAAGCAGAGGAAGUCCCACACUAGCUCUCUCAAGGUCCGGAUUGACGAGACGAAACAGAAAGAAACAACGACUACCGGCAAGAAGAUGUGUCGUCUCUGCGCCCGUGAGAAUGAUAAGCGGCAGAAGAAGAAGAAGCAGGAGCAGCUGGCGCAUGAGCUGAGGGAGCAACAGCAGCAGCUGAGUGGUGGAGGCUUUAGCGGUGGAGGGGCUGCCUCCAAGAGACGGUCCGCCUCUAAUCAGGGCAAAGGAAGCGACGGGGGCUGGCGGAGAGGAGAACUUCGGUCCCAGGGAUCCCUCGACUCUGCGAGGGAGAAGGAGUCCCAGGCUUCGAAAUCCACGCCUCCUCUCAUCCGCAGUGGAUCGCUGGACCUGGAGAAGGCCGAGAGAAAUCAAAGGGAGGGAGGCCUCAGCCGAGAUGCCUCUCUCUCGAACUCCCAGGACUCCCUGCAGAGCGACAUGGGAGGGGCGCCCACGCUGCACCGCUACUACCAUGUGUUCAGGGAGGGUGAGCUCGAUCAGCUGAUUGAAAAAUACGUUCAGAACCUCCACAUUAUCUCUUCGUAUUACGAUCACGCGAACUGGUGUAUUGUCGCGGAGAAAGUGCAGGUUUGGACCAUAUGAGUUCAGUGAUUACUUGUCAACUUCACGUAUCCGCCAAAUAGACUGAAUGGCGUCGGAAACUGUGCAUGGAAGUUGACAAAGACUUUUAAGAAGUAGUCAAAGACAAAGGAUAAUAUACUGAGAGAGAUAUAUGUAUAUAUAUAUAAAAUCUGCGGCAGUACUGUCGUGUCUAAAUCUUAUAUGAUAAAAAUUAUAUAUAUAUCUUGUUAAAAUGCUAAAUUAUGUCGAGAGGUAUGAAUGGUUCUGUGCAUUUUUGUCAUGGAACUUCUAUGGGGAGUCAUUUAUUCUAAGUUCAGUGGCUCCUGUGUAGAUUGCGGAGUCAGGAAUUGCCGUCGGCACCCUGCAACCCAACCCGAUUUUUUUUCUUUAAAUGGUUGUUAUGGAUUUGAAACAUAUCUACUAAACAAAUCGCAAUAUUUAUAGAUGUUUAGUGAAUGUUUAUGGUGUUUUUUCACGUAUCUGGCCUGCACAGGAAGAGGGAAGGAUAAAUCCCGCAAGAACUAAAACAGGAGAACACACAUUAUGUAUUUUAUUUUGUAAAGAUAGUAAAGAUUAAAACGAAAUAACGGA